AUGGUCAAGUUCUCCAUCCUUACGAGCCUCUUUGCUCUGGCCUCGGCCGUCUCGGCUCAGUGCGGCUCCGGCACCCCUGACGCCCGGGUCACCAGCUCGGGCAGCACCUUCACGGCCACCCGUGGCAGCUCCACCGUCUACACGGGCACCGACUACCGCGCGGCCAUCCAGGCCGCCGUCGACUCGAUCAGCUCGGGCCAGCGCGUCUCCGUCAUCGCCUCGGGCAGCAUCGGCGCCAGCACCAUCUCCAUCGGCAGCGGCAAGAUCUUCGAGGGCUGCGGUACCAUCAACGUCGCGAACCGCAGCGGCCGUGGCGCCAUUGAGUCGGUCAACACGAACAAUGUGCAGAUCCCCUACCUCACCAUGACCGGCAGCCCCUACUUUGGUCUCCGCUUCUACGGCACCAGCGGCCUCCGCCUCGGCCGCAUCACCAUGAACCUGAGCGCCGGCCUCGGCAUCCGGUUCGACCGCGACCAGGCGGCCAACAGCGACGUGCGCAUGGACGUCAUCAGCGUGACGGGCGCCAGCAGCCACGCCGUCGAGACGUGGAACAUCAACGGCCUCAACAUCAACCAGGUCAUCGCGCGCAACUGCGGCGAGGCCGGCCUCCUGAUCCAGGCGACGACCAACGCGCAGGUCGGCCUCGUCGACGGCAACAACGUCGGCACCGGCACCGGCUACGGCACGCUGCGCUUCGCCAACCGCAACGGCCGCAACUCGGCCGGCCAGUACCCCACCGGCAACAUCAACGUCGACCGCGUCAUCUCGCGCGGCGGCGGCCGCGGCGUCUUCUGCGUCUCCGAGUCGGGCGGCGCCACCAUUGGCAACGUCGACCUCGCCGACAACGGCAACAACGCCAUCCUCAUUGAGAACUGCUACAACGUCCAGAUCCGCGGCGGCACCGUCAACGGCGGCGGCGAGGUCCGCCUCGCGGCCCGCACCGAGUUUGCCAACAACCGCGACAUCUCCAUCACCCUGCGCGUCGACAACACCUCGGUCCGCGAGUCGCCCUGCGGCGACAACACCACCUGGAACCUCUCCGGCAACGGGGCCCGCAACAUCUGCUGA